UCCACUUUUAAAAACAAUCGGCUGGCAAACACUUCCGGGUUCCUUCGACUUUUUCCUGACUUCACAACUUUUGAAUCAAGUUAAACUUUACGGUCGGCAACAGGUAAAUAUGAAGUGUUAACGUGAGGAGUCAGGUAGGAAGGAGGAAAUACGACGACGAAGAAGAAGAAGAAGAAGAAGAAGAAGGAGGAGGAGAAGAAGAAGGAGACGUUUGUUUUUAAAGGAGGCAGUAGAAGAAGAAAGAAAGGGGAGGAGCAAAAAUGAUGGAGGAGGCGGAGCAUGAAGACGGCGUCAGCCCGGCAACCAACGGCACGGAGGAACCCACUCCUCCCACGGAAGCAAACAGCAACUUCAACCACACCGACAACAACAUUGUCAGCUCCCGUCCAGCUGAGGCCACGCCCGAGGUCACCAUGGAAACAGAGCAGGGCGAAGGGACACCGGAGAGAGCAGGAAGUGGAUCUGUGGUCGUUCAAGGCAACAACAAGAACCCGGCCAGCGAGAAGCUGCUGAGAGUCAGGAAGUGGAGCAUCACCACGUAUAAGUGCACCCGCCAGGCUCUGUCAGAGAAACUCGGCCGCGGAUCUCGCACCGUGGAUCUGGACCUGGAGCGUCGACUCGAGCUGCUCAGAGACGACCGACAGCGCUACGAAAACGUCACUAAGGUGGCUCAGACGCUCGCCAAUCAGCUCGCUCAGAUCACCAUUACCCAGAAGACACUGGGGGACGCCUUCAGUGAGCUCAAAGUGAAAACACCAGCGCUGCAUGUGGAGUUCGGUCUGAACGCAGACGCCCAGAACUUUCUGUCAAAGAGCGGUGAGUCUCUGACGGAGUCCAUUAACACCUUCACGUCGGACAUGAACACGCUGGUCAGUAAAACCAUCGAGGACACGAUGAUCAACGCCAAGAAAUACGAGGCGGCCAGGAUCGAGUACGAUGCGUACCGAGUCGACCUGGAGGAGCUGAACAUGGGACCCCGAGACGCCAACACGCUGCCCAAACUGGAGGCGGCUCAACAAGAGUUUCAGGGCCAGAAGGAGAGAUUUCAGAAGCUCCGAGACGACCUGAGCGUCAAAGUGAAGCUGCUGGAGGAGAACAAGGUCAAAGUCCUCCAUAACCAGCUGUUGCUGCUCCACGCCGCCGUCGCCGCUCACAGUUUAUCAUGUCACAGCUUCCUGGAGAAAAACAGCCAAGAGGCCGAAGAACUCCUCAGCAACGGCAGCGCGGACUCCCCCUCCUGGCUGGAAGAAAGUUGACACAACAACAACAACAACAACAACAACUGAAUCUGACCACACGGGAGGUGCACGGACGCCGGACUGGAAUCUGUUUUAGGAGAAAUGGACGCUGUUUUAUGAAAAGUAAGAGAGAGGAUUCUUUUGAGACUUUUUUUGAUUAGGAAAUGAGUUUGAAUGAAAUUUGGGAGGGUUGCAUUGUGAGGUAGUUUAUUUAUACCAGAGUCGGAUUGAAGUUUGUUUGUCUGGGAAUGAAGUCCUGGAAACCCGAUCGUUCACUACAGAAAUUAAAAAACGAUAGAUUAGAAAUCAUUUUGGGGUUUUGAGCCUGCAGGACUGGAAAGUCUUAAAAAAUGUAGAAUUAGAUCAUCACCAAAAUCUGAAAAUAUUGUGAAACUGCACAGGAAGCUUUGGGAAGUUUUCAAGAAGUUGUUCAUUGUUCUCGGGACAAAAGGGACUGUGAAGAAUGAACUCUCUUUUCUAUAUUACUCGUACAUUUAAGGACUUACAGCACUUGUGACUUGUGACCUGUUUAACAGAGACACAGUCAUACGUACCCCCUCCUGGUUUUCUUUCCUCUGUCUUAGUGUGUUGGGGAGUAAAUCCAUCUAAUCCUUUGUGAGGCACUAAGCCUUUCUUUGAACUUCAAAAAAAAUCCCCUCAGCCACUGCAGUCAGAAACUCACAGCGACUCAAAGUGCCUCAACACCACUGCAGGAAAAACAUGAACCAUCCACAGCUCCUCAUGUGGACGCUUCUGAUUGGUUUAAGGGUCCAGGAUGAUGGAUUCUCGUCUUUCUAGCAAAACAAAGAUCUUCUGUCACAGUUUUUAAUUUUAAGUCGAUGCUUAUCAUUUGUCAACAAAUGAAAAACGUGACCCGGCGGAGAUCAAACGCCAAAGAUGAAAAUCAAUCCAACUUAUUUAGCAACUUUGUGAAGCUUCAAAGUGCAGCGUUUUCUUUUUUUUUUUAUAUCUUAGUUAAAAAAUAUAUUUGAAUUCAUGGUUUCAGAUUUGUCGGAAAGUUUUGUUUUGUUUUGUUUGCUCGAUCUAUCCAAACAUCCUUCCGCCUUUUUAUAUUUCCUGUGACUUUGAUGUCAUGAUCUGUUCGUGUUUACGUACCUCAAACGACGACGACGACUAUGCAACGACUGUGGAUGUUAUUUGUGCAAUAAUGUUUCAAAACCGUUUACCUUCAGAAAUGAUGACUGUUAAUGACUCUAUAUCUCUGUCUUCCAAAGCGUAACCAAUAAAUAUUACAUUAAAGGAGCAGUAUGUACCUCUGACCCCUAGUGGUUAAAAUGGGUACUGCAGUCUAAAUUCUAAACAUCAUAGAGAUCUGUCUCCCCCCCCCUCCUCUCUAGAGUCCAUGCUCACUCAGGUCACCAUGUGGUGGACUCUGAAGCUUCAGUGUUUAUCCAGCUCUGCAUGGGUCUGUAAACCUUUCUGUGUUCUAACCUCUCUCCAUUUUUCAAAAGCAUCUCCAAUAUUGAUCCUAGUUUGAGCACGUUUCUGCUCGUGGAGCUUAUUAGAAACAUGCAGAGGCUUUUUAGGUCGGGUACAAUCACUUCUAUCUGAACCACUUCUCUUGACCGCUUCCAUCGCUGCAACACCUGUUGACCUGAUAACUGCUCUCAUAUCUGACAAACCGAGGGGCGUCCAAAACAGCCGUGUGGGGGGGGGUCUUAAAAGCGCCUACCUUCUCUGGUCCAAACAAAUCCAGAGCAUUCAGGAGCAGAAUCUAAACUCUUACUGAUUGAUAAUGACUGUUGUUCUUGUGACUUGUUUGUGAGAGAGCAAAGAAUAACAGUCUAUCAUCAGUAAACGGGGAGACUUUUCUUUUCAGAUAAUAACUUUACUAUAAGAGUUUUAUAAUUUUAUGUGUUUGAGAUCUUUAUUUAGAAUUGGAAAGUUCAUGUUUGACUUUGGUAAACCGUGAGGACUUCUUUACUCUGCAGACAAAGUUUGAAGAAGAUAUUCUCCUGAAACUAAAGAAAAACAAAUAAAUGGAAGAAAAGCUCCUAAAUGUAACGGGGUUAACUUUUAUUAAACUCUUAACUACGGUGAGAUGACUGAAAAAAAAACAGAAAAAGACCCGAACAGACUGAUCUCAGAAAUGGACGGCUCACUCUGGAUCUGACUGAAAAACAGCGACUAGACCAAAAAGGGUUAAAGGUGAAUUCUUCUUUUUAUUUAAAUUAUAAACACCAAACAGGGACCAACGUGUGAUUAAAUAUCUUUGUGUUUAAAGUGUUUAUGUCGUUUAAAACUGCCAAAUAAAAAUAUUGAGAGAC